AUGGUUAACCAUAGUAAAAAUAGAAUUGUGAAAUAUCUCCGAAAUACGAAAACAAGAAGAACAAGCGUACGUCUUCAAAAUAAACUAAAACCUUUUGCCCAAAACGAACCCAAUGGCAAUGGCAAGGUCAUACAACCCUGUCCACUUGGCCAAUUCAGCAGCGUCCCAGACGAACUUCUCUUCUGCAUUUUCUGUUACAUGCCACUCUAUGAUCUUGCUUCGAUGGCCCUAACUUCCAGGGCAUUACGCGACAAGCUCAUGACAUUCCACUACAGUACUCAAGCACUUUCAAUAUUAAAACCCAUCGUGAAAGAAAAAUCCUCAGAAACGUCCAACGAUGAUGAAAGAAUAAUGACCCACUAUACUCAUUUUCAUAACUUGGGGAUAUUCCUCAAGCGCCUCACAUGUCUAUAUUCAACGAGAGAGAGAUUGAGAAUUGUUGGCAUAUUGUUGGAAAAGCUAAAAGACACCCACGUGUCAUUAUGCGAACGUUUUGGAAGUGACAUGGCUUACAGAUGCUAUGGUAAUAUGCUCCACGCCUUCAUCGCAGGAUGGGAAAAUGACGAAAAAAGCAAGGCUUACAUGGCCAUUAAAGGGGCAUCACGUGUUGACGAGAGAUUGCAAGAAGCAUUAAAGAGAGGUCCUGGAUCGAAGCCUUGGUAUGAGAAAUAUGUAAGAGUAUUUUACAGGGAAAUAUUCCUCGACAAAGCUGAAGACGGCGCCGAACUUGGCUUCUGGUUGUGCCAGAUGCUCUCCCCACUGCCUCUUGUGUAUCAGGCCAGAAUGCUAUAUAUACUUUAUGGACCCGAAAAUACCGAUGAAGAGUUGAUCUGUUGGGAGAAUAUGUUAACAUGCCCCACAUUCUUCGGCGUCCCUGAUAAAGACCUUCAAGGAAUUGCGAAAGCCUUGACAAACCUAUACAGUAAUACUAAAAGAGAAUGGAGUCAUGAUAGUUUGAUAAGUGUAAUGGAGGAACUGAUUGUUCUUCCCGGAGGUUGGUGCUUGGAAAAUAUCGCGAAACUUUUGAAGUUGUGCGGCGAUGGAAUUUGUUGCGAGUUCUUGGGAAGCAGAGCAAUUAACGGAAGGAUACCAGAACUUGCCUUUACGUUAUUCUACAUUGUCCAGGUAAUAAACAAGACUCGACUUCAUUUUCGCAGCAGUAAAACGAGCUUGAAGUAUCCUGCAGGCUACAGGACCGCCUUGAUAGCACUGCUGGGAGAUAAGGUGGACGGACGUGAAUACAAUCAAAAGCUUGAGUGGUUUGUCAGUUUGAUGAAGAGGAUUUUGAAAGUUAUACCGUGUAAGAAACAACGUGGUUUGCUAGUUGCUGCAUUUUUCGAAGUUUGGGAGGAAACCAUUCUUGGACUACACGAAGAUGCUCAUGCUCUUCAUGGUAAGUCAUAA